AUGAAGCAACGACUGAGAACUAAAGUUUGGUGGUUUGGCAUGGAAAAAGACGUCGAGACAUUCUGCAAGCAUUGCCACGGAUGCCAGCUAGUGAGCGCUGCGCAACCACCAGAACCACUGACCAUGACGAGACUCCCGGGAGACUAUUAUAGCCGCUUCUACGAAGCAAGAGUCAUGAAAUCCAUCACUGCACAGAAGACCAUUGAAGAAUUGGAGGAAAUAUUUUCAAGAUUUGGCCUCCCAGAACACAUCACUGCAGAUAAUGGAACUCAUUUUACAAGCACUGAAUUCCGGGACUACUGUUUGCAAAACGGCAUCACGCUGAGAAUAAAUACCCCGAAAUGGCCUCAAGCAAACGGAGAAGUCGAGAGACAAAAUAAAUCCUUGCUGAAAAGACUUCUAAUAGCGCAAGCUUCAGGAGAAAACAUCAUCAGAGCCUUAAGACAAUACUUGUCGUACCACACGACACCACAUUGCGUAACGGGGAAAACACCAGCAUAUCUCAUGUUCGGGAGGGAACUCCGAGAUAAACUACUCGUACCUAGUUACCAGAACAAUUUCUUCAAGCCAAUUACCGACACCGAGGUGCGAGAUCAAGACUUGGAGAAGAAGGAAGCGAGCAAAUCAUAUGCUGACACGCACAGACGAAGCUGGCCGUCUGAAGUUGAAAUCGGAGAUGAAGUACUACUGAGAAGAGACGUUAUUUCCGACAAACUAGAGACACCGUAUCUCCCGCAACCUGGUAGAGUGACGAAUAAACUGGGCAACUCCGUGACUAUCGAAACACCUGAUGGGCGUAAAGUACACAGGAACACAUCCCGUGUGAAGUCCUACAAAAAGAAACGAGAAGGAGAAAACCCAAUCCAGCCUUCAGUGGAAGAUAUCCAACAAGAACGACAAGAACCAACGGAGAGGCGUUCCGCGAGACAAAGGCAACCGCCUCCGUGGACCAAAGAUUUUGUUUGCUAA